AUGGUGACUGUGGAGGCCUUCGAGCCGGCAGCCUGGAACGACUCGGCACCCGGGGCACCCUGGGGAGGCCAGUCGACAAUAUGGGACGCGUGCCGCGACCUGAUGCUGGCGGAGCGUGGACGUUACCUCCAGCCCACGCACCUCAAGCCCCGGCGCCACGUCUACGACCUCGCGACCAGAAGCUCUUUGGCACGCGAGGAGCCGAGACGGCCCGGCGAGCCCAAAGCGCGCAGUGCCACUUUGCGGCGGAUGCCGCAGUGGCCGGCGCCUACGUUCGACAGCUCCGCAUUCAAG